ACACUCAUCACUGCUGUGGGGCAGACAGUCUACACGGUGGCCUCUGUGCUGACUCUGCUCUUCGUCCUCAUGUACAUCUUCGCUAUCCUGGGAUUCUGCCUGUUUGGCCUUGUGGAGAGGGGCGACCUGAAUAACUGGGGGAACCUGGCUUCAGCUUUCUUCACGCUCUUCAGUCUGGCUACGGUUGAUGGCUGGACAAACUUGCAGGAGCAGCUGGACCAGAGGAAGUUUACUGUUAGCCGGGCCUUCACCAUCCUCUUUAUCCUGCUUGCUUCCUUCAUCUUCCUCAACAUGUUUGUAGGUGUGAUGAUCAUGCACACGGAGGACUCCAUCAAAAAGUUCCAGCGGGAGCUGAUGGUGGAAAGGCACGUGACACUUCUGGAGGAGAAGCAAUUGAUCCUGAGGCGCCAGCAGGAGGAGGUCAACAGGCUGAUAACCACCAAGAAAACCGGAGGCAAGAACUUCACGGAGCUGGUGGAGGAAUUCAAGAAGACCCUACGGCACACGGAUCCCAUGGUCCUGGAUGAUUUUGGUACUAGCCUCCCCUUCGUCAAUAUCUACUUGUCCACUCUGGACAACCAGGACAAUACUCUCAAGAAGCUUCAGGAGCUGUACUAUGAGAUCGUGAAUGUGCUGUGUCUGAUGCUUGAAGACCUGCCCCAGGAGAAGUCGUCCCACAGCUCGGAAUUACUGAUUUAGAGGUAGUGGGGCAUGUGUGACCUCAAAAGCG